GCGGAGGCGGCUGGGGGGCGCUGGGCCGCGGGGGGAUGGGCACAAGUGGAACAUGCAUUUUUCAACUUGGCCCUUUGGCGAGCUGGGGUUUUGGUGGGGGAGGGGAAGGCAGGGAAGGCAUUUAGGGUGCCCCAUCCCCCCUUUUUCCUCUCAGGCUUCUUUGAAAUGCUCACGUGCCUGCCCACCCCCUACCCUUUCCUGAUCUCGGGGAUCCUCACCCUUAUGUUGUCCCCGAAAAUGUGCGCCUCGGCCUUCUCCCCCGCUUCCACCCUUCGUGCAUUUACACCCCCUUUUUGUGUGUGUGUGUGUGUGUGUGUAUGUGGGGGGAGGCUUUCAGGAAAGAAUUUGCAGCAAAUUGAAUCAAGGAGCCAUCAUGAGGCCGACUCUUUUAUAGCCUAUUUUUAGCAGAGGAGAGGGAUCUUUUCGGUGCACGUUAUUCUGUUAGCAAUGGAAAUCUGCUCCCCUCCCCAGGCGCGUCCCCGGUGCAGGCGCGGCGACCCGGGUUGGCGUGCUGGGGGCUGCGGGCGGCUGUUGGGGCCGCGCGUCCCGGGCGGGGGCGCUGGCGGGGGAGGGGCGCGCGGCCGCGGGGCCGCACUCCCGGACGUGUUUAUUUGUAACUUAGUGCCUUUUAUCGUCUUAAGGAGGUAUUUGCUAGAGCCUCUUUGAAGUUGGGUUCAGAAGUGUAGAAUUGGCAAAGUUAUUGCCAGCUUCCUGCAGCAGCAACUUGUGAUUGGCGGUACCGGAUAUUCAAUUGCACAUCCCCACAUCAAUGCACUGCCAAUGGGUUAUAUCCUGUGUUGUGACCUCAUGGUUUAAGUGGGAAUAAAGAUGAGUAUAAGCAGUGAUGAGGUCAACUUCUUGGUAUAUAGAUACUUGCAAGAGUCAGGAUUUUCUCAUUCAGCAUUUACCUUUGGUAUAGAAAGCCAUAUCAGUCAGUCUAACAUAAAUGGUGCCCUCGUCCCACCUGCUGCAUUGAUUUCUAUCAUCCAGAAAGGUCUACAGUAUGUAGAGGCAGAAGUUAGUAUUAAUGAGGAUGGUACCUUGUUUGAUGGUCGACCAAUAGAGUCUCUGUCACUGAUAGAUGCCGUAAUGCCUGAUGUAGUACAAACAAGACAACAAGCUUACAGAGAUAAGCUUGCACAGCAACAAGCGGCAGCCACCGCAGCUGCCACAGCUGCCACAAACCAACAGGGAUCUGCAAAAAAUGGCGAAAACACAGCGAAUGGGGAGGAGAAUGGAGCACACACUAUAGCAAAUAAUCAUACUGAUAUGAUGGAAGUGGAUGGGGAUGUUGAAAUCCCCCCUAAUAAAGCAGUUGUGUUACGGGGCCAUGAAUCUGAAGUUUUCAUCUGUGCCUGGAACCCUGUUAGUGAUCUCUUGGCAUCAGGGUCUGGAGACUCAACAGCAAGAAUAUGGAAUCUUAGUGAAAAUAGCACUAGUGGCUCCACGCAGUUAGUACUUAGACAUUGUAUACGAGAAGGGGGGCAAGAUGUCCCAAGCAACAAGGAUGUGACAUCCCUAGAUUGGAAUAGUGAAGGUACACUUCUAGCAACUGGUUCAUACGAUGGAUUUGCCAGAAUAUGGACUAAAGAUGGUAACCUUGCUAGCACCUUGGGGCAGCAUAAAGGCCCUAUAUUUGCAUUGAAGUGGAAUAAGAAAGGAAAUUUCAUCCUAAGUGCUGGAGUAGACAAGACUACAAUUAUUUGGGAUGCACAUACUGGUGAGGCCAAGCAGCAGUUUCCUUUUCAUUCAGCACCAGCACUGGAUGUUGAUUGGCAGAGCAACAACACCUUUGCUUCUUGUAGUACAGAUAUGUGCAUUCAUGUCUGUAAAUUAGGACAAGACAGACCUAUUAAAACAUUCCAGGGACACACGAAUGAAGUAAAUGCUAUCAAAUGGGACCCAACUGGCAAUCUUCUGGCCUCCUGUUCUGAUGACAUGACUUUGAAGAUAUGGAGUAUGAAACAAGACAAUUGUGUCCAUGAUUUGCAAGCACAUAAUAAAGAAAUUUAUACUAUCAAAUGGAGUCCAACAGGGCCAGGGACAAAUAAUCCAAAUGCCAACCUUAUGUUAGCAAGUGCAUCCUUCGAUUCUACUGUUAGAUUAUGGGACGUAGACCGAGGAAUUUGCAUCCAUACAUUGACAAAACACCAAGAGCCUGUGUACAGUGUGGCUUUCAGUCCUGAUGGCAGGUACCUGGCAAGCGGUUCUUUUGAUAAAUGUGUGCACAUCUGGAACACACAGACAGGUGCUCUAGUUCACAGCUAUAGGGGAACAGGUGGAAUUUUUGAAGUUUGCUGGAAUGCAGCAGGAGACAAAGUUGGAGCCAGUGCAUCAGAUGGUUCAGUUUGUGUAUUAGACCUUCGGAAAUAGCGCUACUAGUUGGAAGCCAUGGACCGACUAUGAAUGUGUACAUAGCCAAAAUGACUGUCCCUGACCCAUGUACUGCUAUAGUCCCACUUGAACCAUGGCCAGUCCACUACAGCCAAAUCUAAAAGAAAUAUAUACAUACAGUGUAUAUAAACAAAAUUGCACCCUGAAGAUGACAGAAUUUUGUCACAGCUUGUGAAUUCUGUUCACCAAGUGCUGGAAUCUAAUCUGCUGUGCCCCUAAAAUAGCAUUUAGAAGUUUUGGAUAUGAAAAACAGAAGAGAAAGAAAUAUGCGUUAUAAAAGCAGCCCAUAUGUGUACCAGUUUUUGGAUACUAAUGACAGCCUUGUUUCUCCCCUUUGAAUCAGAAGACACCAUGGAUUAUAUUCUUUUUUCCCUUCAGUAGUUGAGCAGUUUGUAUGUACAGAGAAAAUGGACUUACAAAAACUUGCAGCAGUAGUUUGUUCUUGCUUUUAAACUUUGUUUUCGGUUUAGUUUAUGGAUGCAUGAAGUAAGGGAGUGAAUCAGUUUCUUGUUUAUAUUUUUUUCACCUUUUAAACAAAAAAUUCUUAAAAAUAUUUUAAUGCAUUCUUUUGAAGAGAUAGAUGUUUGGUACAUUUUAUGGCUCCCAGAGCAUAUAUUCAAUUGGUGCAUGUUGUGGAAGGGGGAAUUGGAAAGUGAAUGAAAAUAUAUGACUUUUGGUCAUGUCAAUCUGUAAGACACAUCAGUAAAAGGAUAUUAUGCUCUGUUGUUUUUUUUUUUGUUUGUUUUGUUUUGUUUUGUUUUUGUUCUUUUUUUGGUGAUGUGGCUUAAAUGCAAUAGUUUCUUUUUUGGGACAUAUUUCUGCCAAUUAAAGACUAGAAGGGCACAAUUUUUUUUAAUACCAUAGAGAAGAUGCAUAAAAAAAAUCUUCUGAUGUUUUGUAGCCAUAACUAAAUUAUGGUUAAAAUGUGCACUAUUGUGAAAAGGAGCAAAGUAGGUUUGGGGUUUUUUUUUGUUGUUGUUUGUUUAUUUGUUUGUUUUGCUUUGUUUUUUAAGAGAUUAAAAUGUUUCUGGAUAAGGAUUAGCUUCUCAAAGUGUCCAUCAUUCUGUGUAGAAGCUGAAAAAUGUAAUGUAACCAAACUCCAGUAUUAAAAAUCUCUCAUGUUGUUUUUCUUUAUACAAAGCAAGAUAACGGCAUAUAACACUGCCAUUACAUGGCAAAAUGUUUGCUACCUUAGUUUAAAAACAAUCUUUAAAACAAAAGACUUGCUUCAAGGUGUUUUUAAAUAGCAGUGAUUCAGAAUUCAAAAAAGAAAAAAAAGUAUAAUUGCACUAACCUCCCUGCUGCUCCGAUUCUGCAUUCGUGGUACUUGUGACUACAUUUUUUUCAAAUACGGAUAGAUUUAAGCUGCUAUUUUUUUUUGUUUUGUUUUUCAGUAAUCACUACUAUAUCAUGUCUUUUACUCUGUUUAUAAUAUCAAGUAUUUUCUUAAAGAUAUAGGUAUCAGAGCAAAUCUCUUCUUACGCUCAUGCAACUAAAAGCUAAAAUACACAGAAUUUGCAAAUGAGAGCAUUUGUUUAUACGUGUGAUCAACAGGGUUUGUCAUGAUUAAUGUAAGUAUCCACAAGUGUCAAUUUUGAAGAGAAUAGUUGUCAAAUUUGUAUCUCAAAAGAUUAUAAUUAAGGGAGUUGCUUAUUAUUAAGCUUAGCAAAUUUAUAACACUAUUUCUGUCACUAAUUAUUUUGAAGCCUUUACUACUAAAAUUUUAGUCUAUGUUUUAAGUAGAAACUGAUUUAACCCAAGUAAUGCAGCUUUGAUUUUUAGCAUUUGUUGUUUUGCUAUUUUUACAAAACAGCAUUGAUUGAAGCAAGUCUUGGUUUUACUAAGGUAGGAUAGCAUUUGCUAUUGGUAAAGAGAAUAAAUACACUUAAUUUCACAAUACAUUGUUAUAUGUACCCCAAUUAUUGUUAGUGGGGACUAUGAUACUGUAAUAAUAUUUUUUAAAAUUUACAUCCAGAGAGGCAGUCAUUCAUGAUGGUUUUGUGCCAGCUGUUUUUAGGGUUUUGGAUCACAUUAUAGAUAUUUAGAACUAUAACCCUGUGACUUAUGUAGGAAACCUAAUAUGCUGAGUAUCUGGCACUUGAAAUCCUGCUUUUAUUGCUAGAGGUCCACAUCUGUGGUUAACCUCUGUUGUUGUUUUAAAAAAAUAAAUAAAAAUUUAAAAAUCUGUGCAAUAAUUUUUAAAUGUGCUCCCAGGAAUAGACACAAAUGUUUUGAGUAGGUUUAAGCUGCAUUUUCCUUUAGCGAUGCAUCUGUCAAUUGCACUGAAUUUAAAUCUGAAAGUCAGAGGUGAUUAUUGAUAGUACUUUUGUAUUUUGAUAUGGACAAUUUAUUCAUUUGCAUACAGUUAUUGACUUUUUUCCCCCAGCUGAUUAAAAGUGAUAGUCAAGAAGUUCUGCAGUAUAGCUGCCAAAAUAGACAGCUACAUUUUUAUGGUAUUGUCAUCUUUUCUUUUUUCUUUUUUUUUUUUCCUUAAUCUUUAGGUAUUUUACUUAAGCAUAAUAGCCACAAUAGGACAUAUUAAAAGAUUAUAAAUACAGAGCUUUAUUAUCCUGAAGUCUUGGGUCUUUUAAGUAUAAACUUUAUCUGAAAGGUAUCCAUUUUGUAGGCUUGGGUUCUUUAUGAGCAUACAGUUGUUUAUUUUUGCUGCUGUUCUCAACAUCAUCAUUGCCUGCUGAUGUGCCACCAUGCUGCUCCAAUAGACAAAAGUAAGAUUGCCUUGAAUUUGAGCAGUAACUUGAUUGUAGGAGACCAAGUUUCACAGCCUGCAAAAUUCUGUAUUUGAGGUUCUUGGCUCAUUUUUCCUUCCUUUUUUUUCUGAGAACUUACUCCUGAAGAUCAAUUGAUUCCAAUAGAUUUUCUAUCGGUAUUCAUUAUAUAUCAUUGUUGUAUAAGCUACUGUAAGAAACGUAUAAGGAAAAAUAGAAAGGAAAACUUGAAUGAAUAGAAUACUCAUUGAUUGAAGUAGAGUAAAGAAAGAGCAGCUGUCACUCUUAAACUUCAUAAAGGAAUAUCAUUUUUCUUCUCCAUGUAGGAAAUCUGAUACGUGCUUAUAUUUGUUCCAAUCCCCAUUUCUGUCAUUGAUCAGGUACCAUCAUUGACUUUAAAUGACUUUUAGAAGUGGUAACUUUUAAUUUCCUGAUAGAUAUUAGAGUAUAUUGAAUUCUGUUUUAAUGAAUAAUUCUCUAGGUAAGUAUGUUUUAGGAUUAAACACCUUUUACAGAUACUGAAAGUGCCUCCUUUUGUGGUGUAAAAAAACAAAUUAUGGUGCAAAAAGUAAUUAUUAGAUUGAAUUACAUGAAGGUUUUUUGCUUUUUGACAUAAAAAUGUCAAGAGAAAGGCCAAAGAUUUGUACUUUUUCACUUAUAAAGCACUCCUUUUUUCCUUAAACUUCUUUCUGUCAAAUUAGAUUUAAUGAGAGAGUACUAUUUUUAAGGAGCUAUCUGUUUAUGUAGAAUGAUUUUGUUAAGAGUAAUGUAAACUAUUAACGCAUAGAGGCCUGAAGAGGGGUAUGCAUUUUUGCUAUUUAAAGGAAUCACGAAUGACUGUCCUUAUGUGAGCAAAAAUGUUCAAUUUUACUAAGUAAGCAGAAAAACAAAUCUCAAAUGCAGUGCUGUUUACUCUUUUCAAAACCGUUUUCAUUUUCUUAAGCACAUUGUACAUUUCUAUAGAACCUGCAUUUAUUCUCACAUGCUAAGGGUGGUACUUGCAUUUGGUGAAUUACUGUUGAUUGUUUCCACAGAAAUUCUAUUUCAGUGGACCAACAUUGUGGCAUGGCAGCAAAUGCCAACAUUUUGGGGAAUAGCAGCAAAUCUACAAGAGACCCUGGUUGGUUUUUUUUGUUUGUUUGUUUUUGUUUGUUUUUCCUUCUGAAUCAGCAGGGAUGGAAGGAGGGUAGGGAAGUUAUGAAUUACUCCUUCCGGUAGUAGCUCUGAAGUGUCACAUUCAAUAUCAAUUUUUUUUUAACAUGAUUCUAGUUAAAUGUAGAAGAGAGAGAAAAAGAGGAAGUGUUCACUUUUUUUAAUACACUGAUUUAGAAAUUUGAUGUCUUAUAUCAGUAGUUCUGAAGUAUUAAUAGCAUUCUUUGUUUCUGCCUUUACGUUGACAAUGUUGAAGCAGGGUGAAUAACUAGGGCAUAUUUUUUUUUUUUCUAGUAAGCUGUUUCACAAUGUUUUCUUUGGCUUUCUGGAUAAGUUCAAGAAAACAUUCUGCAUGUUGUAUCUAGUCUGAUGUACUUAUCCAUCUCAUUAAAAACAAACACAGACUGCAUUCUGUAGCUCUGUAAUCCCUAAAUACAGAAGUAAUUCUCUUCUUUCCUGACUUUGACAUUGUAGCUAUAAUGUUCUAAUUUUGAUUUUUACAAAUCCUUUGGGUCUAAUUCUGUGAGCCUACCUAUAGCACUGGAUUAAAAUGUCUGCAUCAUUUCUUUAGUUAUCCAGUUAACUUUAAAACUGUUGUAAAAGUGUAAACCAGCCCAUGACAGUUUUUUGUACAUGUUAAAGAACUUUAUUGUUCAGUUUUCAUGAUUAUUGUGUAAGGAAGACUGAUAUAGAUGUUCUAUGCUGUCCUGGACCAUGUUAAUUACACUUCUGAUGUAUUUUGGUUCCACAUCACAAUGAUUUGUCCCCAAUGAUCCUUUUAUCCUUUCUAGGCACAUUUUUUUUUUUUUGUUGUUGUUGUUGUUGCAGUUUCCCUUUGCAUUGUAUUGCUUUGACAACUGUAAUUUGAAUCAGAUCUGAAAGAGGUCCAGAAUAAAAUAUAUUUUGAUAUUA